AAAAAAGAUAAGAGUUCACUUACUGGUUAUGCUAUUCACACACACACACCAAAAACAAUUGUCUUUACCUACUGUAGAGAAAUGGCUGUUGAGGCCAUUGUCUCUGUGGUACUACACAACCUAACAAACUUACGGAUCGAAGAAUCAAAUAUAUUUAAAAAGGUUAGAGAUGAAGUAGAAAGGGUUGUCAUGGAGCUUAGGGAGAUGCAAAGCAUUUUAAAUGAGGUAGAACAUCAAGAACAAGGUGACAAGGUGCUUACAGAAUGGAUACUAAAGUUUCUAGACAUAGUCUACCGCGUGAAGGAUGACAUAGAAUCUUUUUCCCUCACAGAAACACGCUUGAAAAAUAUGGGUUUGGUCAAGAAGCGGAUAUCCGUCACUGCGAACAAGUUCAAACUUUGCAGAGAAGUACCAGAUGAGAUGGUUGAUUCUAUGAACGUUCGCAGACUCAAAUCCAAGAUGAAUGGAAUCAGCAAAGAAAUUCAAGAAUGGAAAGAAGGAAAACCUUCAUUGGCUCUGGCACCUGUUCAAGGUUCUUAUGCGAUGAAUCGCGAUGAACAGCCAUGGCAAGAGAGCGAUGGUUAUUAUGCACCAAAGAAGGAAGAAACCAUCUUCAAGAAAGAUGUUGAAAAGUUGGUGAAGCAGUUAACCAGCAAUAGCAAACCACUUCAAAUUAUUUUGGUAUUUGGAGAGGUUGGAACAGGGAAAACAGCUCAUGUGAAGACGAUAUACAACAAGUUAGAGGUCAAGAACAAGUUUCCAUGUCACGCUUUCGUAAUCCUCACCACAAAGUGCUCGAUUAGAUAUCUCAUGAUCACUAUACUGCAACAAGUGACCAGCUUGAAGGCGAAAGAUAAACUCAAAGAUGAGGACUUGAUGGUAAAGCUGAAUGAGUUCUUGAAGGGUCAAAAGUACUUGAUAGUAGUGAUUGAUGUAAAAAGUUCUGGUCUCUUGAAACAACUAAAAGACGUGUUGCCAGAUACAAACAAUGGAAGUAGGGUUGUGAUCACCACCCCUGAUGAAGAAGUUGCUUCAUUUCCAGAUGCAACAACCCAUUAUCAUUUCAAACCACUAGACAUGGAAGAUGGGUUAAAGUUUUUCAUCAAGAAAGUAUGGGGUGUAAAAGGAAUCCCAUUCGCAGGUGAUGUCAUAGAGGAUCUAAAGAACAAAAUAGCCGAAAGAUGCAAAGGGACCCCUCUAAGGAUAAUAAUGCUUGCUGGAUUGCUAUCAACUAGAAAAAUGAUGUAUGAAGAUUGGUUGAGUGUUUUUGAGCAACAUGAUUUUGCAGCGAAAUCACCUUCGUUUGACAUUUUAGCUUUCUGCUACAAUGAUCUUACGCCUCACGUUAAGCUAUGUUUUCUUUAUUUGGGACUUUUUCGAAAAGGAUUUGAAAUACCUGUGAGAAGGUUGUUUCGGUUGUGGCUUGCCGAGGGUUAUGUAAAGCCAUCAGAAGGGGUUAUUCUGGAGGACAUUGUAGAAGGAUAUCUUGAAGAGCUUGUGAAGAGAAACAUGGUGGAAAUAACAAAAAGACGAUCUGAUGGGACUCCCAAAAGAUGCAGAAUGAUUGGAGUUCUAUAUGACAUCUUCAUGCCGAAAGGUGUAGAAAUAGGCCUCUUCCACCUCCACCAAACGUCGGACGAAAAUCCAAAUGCAACAACAGAACCUCGAUUUGGAGUUCGCCGGGUGGUUGAAUACACCAAUAUCAAAGACUACCCAUCUACCAAACCUUUCAACCAGAAUCUACGGUCCUACAUAUCCUUCAAUGGAAGAAAGAAAGAUACGCCUGCAGAAGAAGUAGGAACAUUUUUAGAAAGAAUCAUUGGAGUAAGAGGUUUUGGAUUGCUCAGGGUGCUUGAUUUAGAGGGUGUUUAUCGACCACAGCUACCGGAGAAUCUGGGGAGCUUAUAUCACUUGAGGUAUUUAGGAUUGCGAUGGACUUUCUUAGACACUCUUCCGUCUUCACUUGGUGAUUUGCUCUACCUUGAAACACUUGACAUCAAGCACACACAUAUCACAGCGCUCCCAAGUUCUAUAUGGAAUAUGAAGCAUCUCCGACAUCUUUGUCUGAACGGAGUUCGUCUAGAUAUACCUGUGCAGUCAACCAGACAUAGAGCUCCGAGCCAGCUCCAAACUCUAUGGGGUUUGUUCGUAGACGAGAAGAUCGCAAGAAAGAUUGGUUUAACUUUGAGCAGAAUGACCAACCUACGAAAACUUGAUCUGACAAGGCAGUCAUCCUCAACGGUAAAAACAACGACCAUCACAACGGCAACAACGACCACCACUACGACAACAUGCCAUUCAUCCUCCUAUGAAGAAAUCGGUUUGUGGAUUUCAUCACUGUCUAGCCUUCCGUCUCUAAGAUUGAGGUCCAAGGACAAAAUGGGCCGGCCUUCAGAGCUCAUCGUUAAACCUUUCUCGAGUCUUGUAAAUCUCUCUCAACUGUACUUAUUAGGAAGUUUACACAAAUCUAUUGAUUGGUACCAGAUGCCACCUGCACUCAAAGUUCUUACUUUAUCAGUCUCGCAUCUAGAAAAAGAUCCCAUGCCGACACUAUCUCAGCUGCCGAGCUUGAUUGUCCUGAGGCUUUUAGCUGCAUCUUAUGUGGGAGAAGAAAUGUGUUGUCCGGAAAACGGAUUCCCUGCGCUCCAAGUUCUGAAGCUUUGGAAGCUGGAAAGGUUAAAAAUUUGGACCGCACAUGGUGGAACAAUGCCGAAUCUACAUACCUUAGACAUUAGGUGUUGUAGAGAGCUAGAGGAGAUUCCUGUAACCUUGCUGCAGAUACAGAGUUUUGAGAAUUUGAUCUUGACAAAUAUGCCAAAGCAGUUUGUUUCUGGUACUCGAAAGAAAAAGAAGAAACACACCAAGAUUGUGGAAAAUGAAUAGAACGGCUGAGUAACGGUCCCACUAGUAAACCGAACCUUUAUCUAUCUUGACCUACCCUUGAAAGAGUCCAAACCCAAGUUGUAUCUGAUAGCUUUGAGCCUCUGUAGCAAAUAGAGAUUAGCCAUAGACAAACUGCUUAGUACUAAAAUGUUUGUACUCAUGCUAUGCACUAAUAUUCUAUCUCAUAUGCAUUUCUAAUGUUCUAUUCA